AUGUCUAGCCAAAGAGUCACCACGGUUAGGAUCGACACCAGCAGAAAUCGCCGUUCAGAUAGCUCAGCCGAAGAAGAUACCGCCAGCCUUCCCACUGUCCAUGAAAAGGCACCCCCUGUUGAGACCGUUUCCUCUGGCAGCACUGCUGCCACCAGUACUUUGGCAGCUGAUAGUUCCAGCCAAUAUGGCGAAAGCUUCCUGGCCCUUAAAGCUGCUCGACUUGAGAUACAAGAGUCAGAAAACUACCAUCAGCUCCCGUUUUCAUAUCCCUGUUGGAAGAAAUGGACAAUACUUGUUAUCAUCUUUUUCGUGCAGGUCUCCAUGAACUUCAACACGAGCAUCUACGCCAACGCUAUUGUGCCGAUGGCUAGCCACUUUUCAAUAUCCGAAGCCACCGCCAGACUCGGCCAGAUGUCUUUCCUGAUUGCAUAUGCGUUCGGGAGUGAGCUUUGGGCGCCAUGGAGUGAGGAACUUGGCCGGUGGCCGGUCAUGCAGCUUAGCUUGCUUCUAGUCAAUAUUUGGCAGGUUUUGUGCGCUCUGGCCCCCAAUUUCUCUUACAUCGUUGCCGGUCGUACCCUCGGAGGCUUAUCUUCGGCUGGAGGCUCUGUUACUAUGGGAAUGAUAGCAGACAUGUGGGAGCCAGAUCAGCAGCAGUAUGCAGUCGCUUUUAUCGUUUUGUCUUCUGUUGCUGGCUCCGUCGUUGGUCCUAUUGCCGGAGGAUUCAUGGAAGUCCGUCUCCACUGGCGGUGGAAUUUUUGGAUCCAGCUGAUUCUGGGAGCCGUGGUCCAGCUUGCUCACUUUCUCCUGGUGCCAGAAACCCGCUCGACCAUUGUGUUGAAUAAUCUGGCGAAAAAGCAACGGAAGUCAGGUAUUGCGAAUGUUUAUGGUCCGCUGGAGCUUCGUGGAUCCAGCCUCACAUUCAAGGAAGUUAUUACGAUCUGGGUUCGCCCGUUCAGCAUGUUUGUCCGCGAACCGAUUGUCCUAUUUCUUUCUCUCCUCAGCGGGUUCAGUGACGCCCUAAUUUUCACCUUUCUCGAAUCAUUCCGCCCAGUGUAUAGCCGCUGGGAUUUCGACACCGUUCAAACUGGUCUUGCCUUUAUCCCAAUCAUGGUUGGCUACUUCCUUGCCUAUUUUUCAUUUUUCCCCGUGAUAGUAAAAGAUAAAAGAGCCAUGGCGAGAAAUCCUGACGGCCUUGACCCAGAGUCACGGCUCUGGUGGCUCCUCUUUACCGCUCCCUUGGAGACGAUUGGUCUCUUUGGAUUUGCCUGGACAAGCAUGGGGCCUCCUGCGGUGCAUUGGUUCGCCCCGAUGUUUUUUUCGAUGCUCAUUGCCAUUGCAAACUACUGCAUUUACAUGGCCACCAUUGAUUACAUGGUCGCAAGCUAUGGCCCAUAUUCCGCCUCAGCAACCGGCGGCAACGCUCUAGCGAGAGACUUUCUAGCAGGCAUUGCUGCUCUCUACUCCACGCCAAGGUGCAUAUCUUUUCUUGUCACUGUACCCAUCUACAUCUUCUACUGGAAAGGCCCCCAAAUUCGUGCAAGAUCCAAGUUUGCACAGGGUGUGGCUCGUAACAGAAAUGAACUCAAGCAUCGCCGUGCUAUCCAUGAAAGAAGUUCAGUUGAUGCUGGGAAAUUGACUGAUGUUUAG